AUGUCAGCUAUUGGAUAUACAGACAAGCGAGUGAAGUUGGACAAGACCAUAAGCCGGAAAGAUAGCAAAUAUUAUGGAGCACUCUCUGCCAUGGCUGCUAAAAUAGCGUAUGAGAACGAAGCCUUCAUUAAAAACACAGUGGAAAAUCAUUGGAAGAUGGAACUAAUUGAGUUCAACAACUUUUGGAAUGAUGCAUGGAGCACUGACUUUGAUAUUUCCUGGUUCGACUACGGGCCUCUUGGAAAAGUGCAUGGUGGGUUCAUGAAUGCCCUAGGCUUAACAGAAAAGGAAGGUUUGCCUAAAGAACUCAAACAAGAUAAUCACCACCCAUUAGCUUAUUACACCAUCAGAAGACACUUGAGAAAUCUUGUGCGGCUCGACAAUAACACAAAAUUUAUAGUGACGGGUCACAGCUUGGGAGGGGCCCUGGCAAUUCUGUUUACCGCGCUUUUGGCAUUGCACGACGAAGAAUUAUUGUUGAAAAGAUUGGAAGGGGUUUAUACGUUCGGGCAGCCAAGGGUUGGGGAUGAGGUAUUUCAAAAGUUCAUGGAGAAACAAACGGAAGUUCACGACAUUAAGUAUCAUAGGAUUGUUUAUGGUAACGAUCUGGUUCCUAGGGUGCCCUCAGAUAACCCUACAUUCUUGUUCAAGCAUUUUGGGACAUGCCUUUACUAUAACAGCUUCUAUAAACAAAAGGCGCUUGAAGAAGAGCCAAACAAGAACUACUUUGAUCCGACGGCGGCAAUGUCCAAGCACCUAACUGCAAUUUGGGAGCUCAUAAGAAGCUUCAUAAUCCCAUACGCAGAGGGGCCUGAGUACAAAGAAAGUUGGUUACUCAAAGCCAUUAGGGUAUUUGGAGUCAUUAUACCAGGUGUUGCAGCUCAUAAUCCCCAAGAUUAUGUUAAUGCAACCCGUCUGGGAUAA